GGCAUUGAUAUCUAAGAACUACUUUAUCUGAUACACGAUGUGAUAUCGAUAAAAAAUUUACCUUUGAGUUCUUCGUCAUCGAAGGUGACUAAUUUUAUGUAGUAUUUAACAAGUCGAGCCCACCUGUCUUGCAUCAGUUACCUUACGGCAGUUAACCGCUUGCAACUGUAGCGUCUUGAACCCUAUUCAAUCUACAUUUGCGAACACUCCAAUUAUUUACCAUGAUUACCGUAGGGAUUAUCGGCAUUGUCCUUGUAGCUUUGUACCUGUACGGCACUAAAAACUUCAAUUAUUGGACAAAGCGCGGAGUGAAACAUGAUAAACCAGUGCCCUUCUUCGGCACGGACAUGAAGAGACUGCUAUUGCAACGCAGUGUCGUACAAAUGGCGACUGACGUCUACCGAAAAUACCCGAACGAAAGAUUCGUGGGUUACUACCGUGGCAGCAUACCGGAACUUGUAAUUCGCGACCCUGAUCUUAUUAAGCAAGUAAUAAUCAACGACUUCGCCUACUUCUACAAGCGAGGCCUCUCACCGCAGCACAAUGUCAUCGAGCCCUUGUUGAGGAACCUGUUCUUCGCCGACGGCGAUAUGUGGAGGUUGCUCAGACAACGCAUGACACCGAUGUUCAGCAGUGGCAAAUUGCGGGCGAUGUUUCCAUUGGUAUGUGCACGUGCUGAACGACUGCAGACGUCCCUAACAGCGGCCACUAACGACGGUGCAAAAACUCUGGACGCCCGUGACAUUAUGGCGCGUUACACUACAGACUUCAUCGGCUCGGUCGGCUUCGGCCUUGACCCGGAUUCUCUUAACGACGAGGACUCAGCGUUCCGCAAACUGGGAGCAAGAAUAUUCGACGUAACUCUUCCCCGCGCUAUCAUUUCAAUUUGCAAGGCAAUCCUCCCCAAUUUAUUCAAGCAUUUCAAGUUCCUCGGGCAGAAACUUGAAGAUGACAUUUUGGGUUUGGUGAAUCAGAUCAUGCACCAGCGAGAAUACAAACCGUCUGGUCGCAAUGACUUUAUAGACCUGUUGCUGGAACUAAGGGAGAAGGAGCACAUCGCCGUGGAAUCGCUGGAGCACGUAGGGCCAGAUGGCAAUCCUGGUUUGGUGCACCUUGAUCUUGACGACAAACUCCUAGCUGCGCAAGCGUUCAUUUUCUUCGCUGCCGGUUUUGAGACUUCGUCAUCAGCUACAAGUUUCACUUUGCACCAAUUGGCAUACCAUCCUGAGGUGCAGAAACGCGUGCAGGCUGAUAUUGAUCGCGUACUUGCCAUGCACAAGGGACAAAUUUGUUAUGAUGCCAUCAAGGAAAUGAAGUACUUGGAAUGGAGCUUUUUGGAGGCGAUGCGAAUGUUUCCAUCAGCAGGUUACCUCAGUCGGCAGGUGGCGCGGCGUUACACGCUACCCGGAACUGACGUCACACUCGACGAAGGAGUCAAGAUUAUGAUCCCGUUGCAGGCGUUGCAGAACGACCCCCAACACUUCGACAACCCCACAGAGUUCCGCCCAGAACGUUUCUCGCCAGAAGAAGUAGCUCAAAGACACAAGUUUGUCUAUCUACCUUUUGGAGAUGGGCCACGAUCUUGUAUAGGUGGUCGUUUAGGUAUGAUGCAGUCGCUAGCCGGUCUAGCAGCCGUACUUGCCCGGUUUACUGUGACUCCAGCCGAAGAGACGCAACGCGAGCUGGUCCCGGAUCCCAAGUCUAUCAUAGUCCAGAAUGUGAUGGGUGGAGUUCCGCUUAGAUUCCAGAGAAGACAGGUGCAUAAGGAAUUUGAACGUUGCUCUGGAAGAGCUUAUGGACAGUAGACAGAUCUGAUCCCGUCAUAGACUCUGUGAGUCUUUUGACAAAUUAAAGUUACUAGAAGAUGUGAGAUCAACGUCUCGAAGAGAAAAAACCCUCUAUUAAAACUCAGUAUCUUUAUAUAGGUUAAAUUAAUUUAUUAUCUAGAAUUAUACUAAUUUAUAAGUUAUUAAAUAAUAAAUUUUGUUUCAUAAUAUAGGGUUAUAUUACCACGUGAUUCACUUUUUCACGGGAUUAUUUUCAAAUAACUUCGAGAUCCACUGGUGC